GAAAGAAUAGCAUUGAAUCAUUUGUUCAGGUUACACGCUCCUUCUGCCCCUGUCUCUCUCUCUCUCUCUGUGUCUCACUCUUCAUUCAACGGCAGCUCGCCAAUAGAUUCACAACUUAACUAAAAAGUUUUCUCUGUACUUUUAUUUUAACUUAAAAGAAAAAGAAAAGAUGGCCGGCUUAUCUGACGAAACACUAACAGAAAUCUUUGGUAAUUUGGAUAAAGAUAACAGCGGAAAAUUGGAAAAAUCCGAAAUAAGAAGUCUUGUUGAGAAAGUUGUUUCUGCCCACGGCAGUCAACUCGAAACUGAGGAACAGAGAGCAAAAGAAGUUGAAUUUCUAAUGGCUAAAUUCGAUAUUAGCGGCGAUGGAACUAUUACUGUUCAAGAGUUUAUCGAAGCUUACAGACAAGCCAAACGAUAAGAAUUUAUUCAUUCAUUUUUGAAUAUUAAUGAAUAUGCAUGAAUAAAGAAAAAUGAUUGAUUUAAAAAACAAAUACAAAACUUUAUAAAAAAAAA